UGUUAACUUAGCUAGCCGGCUAACGUUAUCUUAUUGACCGUGUAGCAGAGAUGGAUGACGGUGACGAGCCGGGUCUAGUCCUCUCGCACAACACUUCUUCGGGCUCCAAGUCGAGCGGGGACAAGAUGUUUUCCCUGAAGAAGUGGAACGCUGUAGCUAUGUGGAGCUGGGACGUUGAAUGCGACACUUGUGCUAUUUGUCGGGUACAAGUCAUGGACGCUUGCCUUCGUUGCCAGGCGGAGAAUAAACAAGAGGACUGUGUUGUCGUAUGGGGAGAGUGCAACCACUCCUUCCAUAACUGCUGCAUGUCCCUGUGGGUGAAGCAGAACAAUCGCUGUCCCCUGUGCCAACAGGACUGGGUGGUGCAAAGAAUCGGCAAAUAAGCUCCACAUUCGCUGGACUAUUCGCCUACAGGUGGUGACAGACUUGACAGUGAUCAUUGCAACGCCCUGUGUACAGUCCCCCAACAUCGACAUCUACUUAAGAUGCAUGUUCCUGUCACCCUGGUAUCAAAGGAGGCCGAUGGACUAAAGUUAAGCUGCACAUAGGGACUGCUCAUUAAUAUGACUGAAGGGAUGGUGGGUCGUGAAGCUACGGAUGAAAUGACUUGCAGUGUUUGUUGGUUUUACAUUAUUGUUGGUCGUCUUGUCCGGCACAUAUUGAAUAUGUGACUAUCUUUUAAAAAAUAAAAGUUUGUGAAUAGCU